UGCACUUGCAGUAAGAAGAAGAGAUGUUGUCAAACUUAAUGAUAAUAAUUGGUGUGUGCAUGAGAAUCAUCGGAAAAUUGUAAAAUGGCACGUAAUGCAGAGAAAGCAAUGACGACAUUGGCCCGUUGGCGCGCAGCCAAGGAAGCCGAGUCUGGAGAGAAAGAUCGACGUCCGUACUUGGCGUCGGAGUGCACAAGUCUGCCUAAGUGUGAAAAAUAUCGUUUAGAGAUUAUACGUGAAAUCUCUAAAAAGGUUGCACAGAUCCAAAAUGCCGGUUUAGGUGAAUUCCGAAUACGAGAUUUAAAUGAUGAAAUUAAUAAGUUGUUACGAGAAAAGAGACAUUGGGAAAAUCAAAUUUCGGCAUUGGGUGGACCGCAUUAUCGACGCUAUGGACCAAAAAUGUUUGACGCCGAAGGACGAGAAGUACCAGGCAAUCGUGGCUACAAGUAUUUUGGUGCUGCCAAAGACUUACCUGGAGUGCGUGAACUCUUUGAGCAAGAACCGCCAGCGCCCCAACGUAAAACGCGGGCCGAACUUAUGAAGGAUAUUGAUGCCGAAUAUUAUGGCUAUCGAGACGAUGACGAUGGCACUUUAAUACCAAUAGAAGAACGUAUUGAACGCAUAGCUAUACAAAAAGCUUUGCAAGAGUGGAAAGAAAAAAUGGCACGUGAUGGACAUAUUGAUGAAGAGGAAGAAGAGGAGAUUUACGGUUCUCUCAAGACAACCGCCGAGGAUAACGAGGACGGUGAGGAAACCAGCAAGUCGGCAUCGAAAAUAACAGUAAGCGAUCCUUUGGAUAUGUUAGCACCGCGUUUCACAGCACAUGUACCCGUGCCUACGCAGAAAGAUAUUGAGGAGGCCUUACUGAAGAAACGGAAACAGGAGCUAUUAGAAAAAUAUGUUGGAACUGAUUAAGAAUACAGGAUAGGACAAAGUUUGGCCGCAUAUACUCUACCCAUACAAACGUUCGAUGCCCUAUAAAUGUGUCCAGUUAUUGAGAAAGGCGGCGCUUUCAGAAUAAUUUCUCUAUAAGCUAAAGAUUCUCCAAAAAUUUCUUGGUAUGAGAUCAAGAAUGAUUUGUAUUGGAAAAAGAAUUGACGUCAGACUUGUCAAAGUAGCGAAGAAUAAAGCAAUUAUUUUGGUAAGGCGCCACCUAUGGUACUUAAUUUGCCUUGGUAUGAGAUGAUUUGGAGGUGACGGAAGCUAUUUCGUAACAUAAUAACACUUUCUAAAUUUUUUUUUAGGAAUAUUGCUAUAUGGAUAAUACUUAGCCGGCUGUAUAUCCUAGUCGAAUGUCAGAUUAUAUUAUUUUGCGUAGCCAUUUUUAUAAAUUGUAUAAACAAAUCUUUCCAACUUAAGAUUACGGCUGUAUUUAAUUUAACAGUAUAAUUGAUUACGAAUUUAAUUUAAGCAUACAAUUCUCAUACAUUUUAUAAAACUUCCACAUAGUUUAAAAACACUUGACAUAAAACAUUCCCUAUCAAUUUUUGGGUAUAUGUAUAUAAAUAUCAGGUACGUAAAAUCGUCUGGUCGGAAUAAUAUAUCAUUACUCGUAAUCAAGGCGCAUUCAAUAAAGGUGGUGGCACUAAACCAA